UCCUCAACGUCUAGCAAAAAAGUUGAAGGAAUGGCAGUAGUAGGCUAUGCAGAAGUGCUAGCCCCAGGAGUAAGUGGUGGAAUAUCAGGUGUGGCAACAUGUGGAACCUCAAAAAGAAUAACUGGGGGUGGAGGUACCACAGUAGAGGCUCUCCCGGGAAUGCCUGCUCGUAGACUCUCUUCAUCAUCAGCCUUAACAACUCCAAAAUUCCCUGGUCCUCAACUAUGGCUUGCCCUAUGUCCUCUGACUUACCCCCAAUCCUAG